AUGACUACUUUAUUGACUACCAACCAGCAGUAUCUAUCUCCUGCCUGGACCGACCAUGAACUCUUGGGAUUCUCUUUUCGAUUUCAAGAUGCGAAUGGCCGUGGUCCUGGUAACUGGAAGGCAAAUCCGCUCUUGGCUCGCAACAAGGCAUUUAGAAAGGCAUUGGCAGAAUUCCUCAUUGAUAGUGAGGCACGUCUGGCAGAGAUCAAGCGUUUCUCCACUCCACAACAACAAUGGGAUUGGAUCAAAGCCGAAGUAAAGAUGUUUAUCAAACAAUAUCAAAUGGAGGACUUGAACUGGCGGAAACAACAGCUACACCGACUGCUAUCAAAGAGAAACAAGAUGAUGCGGCAUAAGAAGACAAGAGGCUUGAUUUUUCAAGGCUUGGACAUAGUUAAUCAACAGAUUCAAUCUCUCCAGCACUCUCUUGCAGAAAUAGAGAUCUUGAAGGCAGGAAAAUUUUGGCGGGAACAUGGUGAGAAAUCUCCAGGCUUCCUGAAGCACUCUGUGGUGUCUCGAGAAAAUCGUCGUUCAAUUGUGGGACUCAGGAACCCUACAACUGGCGAUCUAUGUCAAGAUCAACCUAGCAUCUCCAACAUUGCUACCAACUUUUACACCUCAUUGUUCACACCGGAGGCUCUGGAUUCAACCUCCCUCAGUGUUAUAAUUCGCAACAUCCCAGGUCAUUUGAAGCUCAACAGCGAGCAGCAGGAAUCAUUGAUGAUGCCGAUUGAUGUGGAGGAACUCUUGACCGAUAGCAAGCAGACUCGUCGUUUGAGUAGUCCUGGACCUGAUGGAUUACCUUAUGAAAUCCUGUACUUGGUAAUGAAAUUUCCACCGUUCCAUGAUCUCAUCCAAUUAGUCUACAAUGAAGCUUUGAAGAAGGGUAAGUUCCCGCCAUCUUGGAACGAAUCCGUAAUGUGUCUGCUUUACAAGAAAGACGAUCCAGCUGACAUGAAGAACUACCGCCCUCUGUCUUUGGCUAAUUCGGAUUACAAGCUCUUCACUCGCAAUGUUAACCGUCGAAUCAUGGAAGUCUCUUCCAACUUGAUCAGCCGACAACAGCUUGGUUUUAUUCUUCCUGGUCGAUUCAUUGCUGAAAAAGGAAUGAUCUGCCAGCUGCUAAUGGAAGAUGCUCAACGGAAAUGGUCCAUCGCUGAACAACAGGAAAAUGAUCCUACCUUUAGAACCUUGGAUUAUGACAUUGGUCUUCUUCUGGACCAAGAAAAGGCAUACGAUCGGGUGAACCUGGAUUAUUUGAUGAAGGUAUUGGGGAAAUUUGGGUUUCCUCGUCCUCUUAUCAAGUGUAUCUCCAAAUUGAUGGGUGGCAACCUCAUACGUAUCAACAUCAAUGGUUAUUUGUCAACUGAAGUGGCGAAACUUCGUGGAUUAAAGCAGGGGGAUCCUCUCUCUCCUGUACUGUACAACUUGGCAUUUGAACUUUUUCUGCUUGCAAUCCUGCAUGAUCGUCAAUUUCAAGGCUACUUGAUGGGUACCGAACGAACAAAACUCCUGUGCUGUGCUGACGACGCUUUGGUGUUUAUCCAUGACUCCAAUGAUUUGACUCGGUUACAGCUCCAUAUGGCUCGUUACUGUGCUGCCUCCAACGCCAAGUUCAAUAAUGCCAAGGUGGAAGCCUUUUCAGUGUCUGGUCGGGAUACGAGGGAUACGAGGGAUAUGUGGGAUAUGUGGGAUAUGUGGGAGGGUCCAUUAUCUCAAAUGGGCAUCACACAUCUCCAUUCUGUUGAGGACGAUGAACCGUUGACCUAUCUGGGAUUUCCCCUCGUCCAAAUUAGGAUACAACGUGUUCAUUUUAUGGGUGCUUUGGUAACCAAGAUCAAAACUGCCAUCCAGAUUCAUUCAGAUCGCUCCUUGUCGGUCGUUGGAAAGGCUACAGUGCUGAACUCUCUUUUGCUGUCCAAGCUAUGGUACAUCCUGCGUGUGGCGCCUUUGACUCAAGCUGAUUUCAAGCAGCUGCGCUCUCUGGCUAUUCAUUUCUUGAGAAGAAACAUCUUCCCCGUCAUACCUUGGAAGGUGUGGGCUCUACCAAAGGAAAAAGGUGGUCUCGGUGUUGUAGACAUCCAAAUACAAGCUUCGGCUUUGUAUUUUCGUUGGCUCCUCCCACUACUGGUUCAAGAUCAAGAUAUCAUUGAUUUCCAUCCUGUGUCGUACCUCUUAAGCUACCACAUCCGCAAUGUCAAUGGUUAUCCCUACCAUCAAAUCCCGCUGCUAUUUCCCUCUGCUCGGCGCACCAAGGGGUUGAAAAAGCAACGCACGGGAACUGUCGAUAUGUUAUAUUGUGCAGUUGACUACCUUCCCAAGUCGUUUGAUGCGGCUCCGAUCAAUACUGCAACUGCCAUGGCUCUUCCAUUGCAGGCGGCUUUCUAUAUUCCUCCAACCUCCUCACUGGUUGUUCCUCUUUAA